GAACCCAACAAAAAUAUAUAUACAACGAAUACAUAUUUGGCUGCGGGGGAGGGCCUUUCCGGAGUGCCUCCAUAGUCUUUCCUGGACUAGGAGGGGUACUGGAGAGAGAGAGAGAGAGAGAGAGAGAAGGGGACUAGAUUGACGCGAGGACGGAGAGCAAGAAGCAAAAUGUUUCUAGAGAUUGAGUGAUGCGAUCCGAUAGCGACAAUGCUUCUGCGAGAAAUGGAUGGUGAUCCAUUCCAUCCCAUGCCCAACUAUGAUUUCCUGUCUGGGAAUGGCUAUUCAUUAAAGCAGUUAGUUCGUAGCAACUCUGAUAUAGACUCUUCAUCAUCCAAAUCUGAGCAGUCUCGGCAAGACUUAUCUGACAGUAGUCUCAAUGGACAACGCACACCAACACAAUCUGAUAACAACGAUAUUUGUGGAAAGCGGGACCAGGGCAUGGUGAAGUCUUUGUUGUCCUUUGGUAGCCCGGAAGCUGCCUUUUCCCCUCACAAGUUUGACUACAGCCAGUCUUUCGCUUGUGCUUCUUAUACUGCUGAUCCAUAUCACGGUGGGGUGUUGGCAGGAUACACUUCAAAUGGAAGUGUUCAUCCCCAAAUUAAUGGUGCAGCAAACACUAGGGUACCAUUGCCUGUUGGGCCUGCAGCAGAGGAACCCAUAUUUGUCAAUGCAAAGCAAUACAAUGCUAUCCUCCGGAGGAGGCAAAUACGCGCAAAAUUGGAGGCUCAAAAUAAACUGGUGAAAGGUCGGAAGCCAUAUCUCCAUGAAUCUCGGCAUCGUCAUGCAAUGAAGCGAGUCCGCGGACCAGGAGGCCGUUUCCUCAACAAAAAGGAGCUCCAGGAGCAGCAGCAGCAGCAGCAGAAGGCUCUGCCUUCACUUCAGACUCCAACAGGCAGAGUCAGCAUCAGCAAAAUGGCCUUCGGCAGGGACCUGUGCACUGAAAGCAGCACAUCUCACUCGCCUUCGACAAGCUCUGGGAUCUCAAGUGUUUCAAACGGGAGUGGCAUGCUGGCUCAUCAAGAGCACAUCAGCUUUGCAUCUGCUAACUUCCUCCCCAGCAUGAACUUCCGCGUGGAGAACGGAGGUGAAAAGAUGGCUGUCAAUGGCGUCCGCCACCACACCCCUGUCGUGAGGUGAACAGCCUCGAUCAUGGGGGUGCUGGUAUCAUCACUGGCGCACUUCGGUGUGCCCGUGGCAACUCAUCCUUGGCUUAUGAUGUAUCUUAUAAUAGUUUGCUUUCACUUUCAUAUGGAGCUUGUUUCAGAUUAAUAAUAAUAACUUGGUUCUAUUUAUUGCGACUGAAUGACUGAACUCAAGGAAGGGGCUACUUGUUCAUAUGUUGUGGAUACAGAAAUAAUCUCAUGUUUCUUGUACCAAGUAAUGUAAUCGUGGUUUGGAAGAA